CUGCCUUUGCAAUGAAAAUGAGAGGGGUUUAGUCUGUGGAUUUGAUGAAGUGCAGUUCCAUGUGGCCGACAACCCUAACACUUUCUUACCCUUCACCCAUCUCCCUAAAAUAUCGAUUCCAUAAAAGCUUCAACCUCAGCCUAAGAGCCUCGCUCUUUAACUAUCCUCUUGCAAGCAGAAUCUUCGUUAGAAAUUUGCCAUAUUCUACCAAAGAAAGCAGUUUGCAGAAGGAAUUUGAAAAUUUUGGCCAAAUAGCUGAAGUUAGUAUUGCCAAGGAUGACUUCACAAAAAGAUCAAAAGGAUAUGCAUUUAUUCAAUAUACUUCUCAGAAUGAUGCCUUGCUGGCUGUAGAGAACAUGGAUCAACAGGUAUUUGAUGGCAGGAUGAUAUACGUCGAAAUAGCGAAACCUGGGAAAGACAGGUUCAGAGGAUAUCCUAAAACAUCAGGACCUCCAACUACUAAGCAGCAGUUACAACAAUCGAAUGAUGUGGCAGAUUGCUGGUACUAGUGGCAUCCAUCUCAAACAAAUGAAAAUAUAGGUCAAAUUAUGCUUUUAGUCCUUGUACUAAGUAUUGUGUGUUGACUUGAUGGCUAGGAUGUUCAUUGCCCUAGGUGUGACCUAGGUUAAAGUUGCACUAGUUGCGUUGUUGUUAAGACUUUGCUUUUUUCUUUUAAUUCACCAAAAAACAAUUGAGAAUCAAAUUAAAGAGCGUGAAUUAAAUCUACAA